CUCCUCAGUCAACAUUUUUCGGCCGACUCGCGAGCACGCUCUGUGCUGUUUCCUCCUGCGUUUCGCGCUUUGCUUUCAAUUGCCUUUCGUCGUGGUGCGUGUGUGUUGAGUGCCGGUGUGUGUGAUUGCUGGCAGUGCGUGUGCCGCUAUUUGUUAAUAGUUAAUAAUCCCGAUUAAUACCAUGUUGCACUUUAAUUGCCUUUAAGCUCAAAAUGCACACUGAUAAACAAAAACGACAAAAAUAAUUUGAAUCAUAAUAAUGCCGGCAAACAAAGCGGAGUAUUAGUGUGUGCUUGUGUUUGUGUGGGUGUCUGCGUUUGCCAAAAUAUUUACCGCAAAAAGAACAGACACAAUCAAAUCGAAUUUAAUCAGAGCCAAACAACAACAACAGCCGGCGAAAUUAGCUCUCUCUUUCACAAAAGAAGAGUUAUUAAAGUUUCAAAAUGCAACAUCAACAACAACAGCUUCUGCAUUGCAGAAGAAAAGCAACAACAACUCCCGCCCGUCUUGUGAUACUCAGCAGUCUUUUUCUUCUACUGCUCACCACCCACUUUCCACCCACCGUCCGAGCGGAUGAUGGCUCCACCCCCCAAGUGGCCGCCCUAGCCGCCCCCAAUCCAGCGGGAGGCGUGGCAGGAUCCUCAAUCAUCGACCAAUUCAGCCCAAAUUGCAGCGCCGUAACGCACAUUUUCCAGGCGAGAGGUAUUGACGCGAUGGAUAUUCCCCAAAAACCAAGUAACGAACGAGUCCUUCGAUACUGCGAAUCUCCUUCGGUGGGCACCUGCUGCACCUACAACAUGGAGACCCGAAUGGCGAUGCAGUCCCGCCAGCAACUGGAAGGACACACCAAGGAUCAGAUCUCUCGGAUGUCUGGCAUUCUGGGCAGCAAGGCUGCCAAGUUCAAAGAAAUUUUCAUCGCCCUGCUGCAAGAGUCGCGAACUCAGUUCAACAAAAUGUUCAUCCGGACCUACGGAGUCAUCUAUGAAAGAAAUUCCUACGUCUUCUCGGAUCUGUUCAAGGAGCUGGAGAACUACUUUGCCAACGGUCGCGUCGAUUUGCUGGAGGUCAUGGACAAGUUCUUCAAUACCCUGUACCAGAAGAUGUUCACCGUGCUGAACACCCAGUACACGUUCGAUGAAAACUACAUGCGAUGCGUCAGCGAGCACAUGAAGGAGCUGAAGCCAUUUGGGGAUGUUCCCGACAAGCUGUCCGUGCAAAUCAAGCGAUCCUUCGUGGCCACUCGAACCUACGGUCAGGCUCUGACCACCGCCUCCGAGGUGGCCAAGAAGGUCCUCAAUGUCCGACUGAAUGCCGAUUGCACUGGAGCCCUGACCAAGAUGCAGCACUGUGGGGCCUGCAAGGGAUACACGGAGAAGCCCUGCACCAACUACUGCGUGAACGUGAUCAAGGGAUGCCUCCACUACCAGCACGAGUUCGACGGGGAGUGGGAGAACUUCGCCAUGGCCAUGGACAAGGUGGCUGAGCGACUGCUGGGGUCCUUCAACAUUGUGAUGGUGGUGGAGCCACUCAACAUCAAGAUCUCCGACGCCAUCAUGAACUUCCAGGACUCUGGUCAGGACAUUACCAACCGCGUGUUCCAGGGCUGCGGCAGACCGAAGCUGAAGAAAAUGAAGCGUUCGAUCAGCCCGAAAAUGCAAGGAGUUCAGGUGCUCAAUGCAAAGAGUCCUGUGGAGGCUGAUACCCUGGACAUCGAUGCCACUCUGGAUGAGGCAAUGGUGCUGAGGGAGCGCAGAGCCGCUGAGCCAGGCUCCCAGGAUUCCUCGGGGCAGCAGUCCCAGGAACAGGGAGUGGGAAAGGGUGGAAACGGAGGAGGAGGAGGAGGAGGUGGUGGCAACAACAGGCGCCAACAGCAACGAAGGAAGCAACAACAACAGCGACGCAAGCAGCAGAACAAUCGGGACGACAACGAUGACGAUGACAAUGAAAGUGGCGGCGGUGGACGCGAACCCAUUCUGGACAAGAUCGUAAGGGACAUUCGUCAGCGGGUGAAGGACUACAAGAAGUUCUGGUCCAAUCUGCCGCACUCCGUUUGCAGCAACGAGGAUAUAGCCUCCAGCUCCGACGUGGAUGGCAUGUGCUGGAAUGGUCACACAAUCGACAGGUAUAUGCACUCGAUCACCACGGAGCAUGGAUCUAAUCCGGAGUUCAGUGGAAAUCCUGCCAGCACUAAGCAAACCGCACAAAUGUCCGCGCAACUCAGCCACCUGAAGAAUGCCAUCGUUCAUCUGCGGAAUGCCUACAACGGUCAGGAUGUGGAGUGGACUGAACAAGAAGAGCUGCCUUAUGCGGGCAGUGGGGCUGGCUCCGGAUCGGGCUCCGAGGAUGACGAGGACGAUGACGAGGGCUCCGGCCUGGGACCGUUCGAACCGAGCCACAAACCGGACGUGGAGCGUCCCGCGGUGGACGUGGACAACGACGACGACGAGGACGCCGGUGGCCGGGCGCACUUGCCCACGCACACUUCGCGACCGACGAGCGGAGGCGAUGACAAGAACCCGCUCAUCCACACCACCCACUUCGACCAGGAUCACAACGAUCUGGAUGAGGAGCACCGGCAGGAGGAGGACGACGAGGACGACGGCCACGGCGAUUCGGGGGGCCAACCGGGCGAUGACAACCGAUCGUCCGACGCCCCCGAGAAGAUGACCCUGCGUCGCGCUCUGGUUGUCUAUCUGCUGCCGCUCUAUAUGGCGUGGUUCGGCGGCGUCUGCGCCGAUUUGCUGUGAUUACCCAACGUGCGAAAGGCAGCCGAGUGGCAGUGGAGCACGGCUGCUGCAUCCCCCACACACACCUACACCUCUCAGUCAUUCAUCCGUGAAGCAAAAUGUUAUUAGCAGAACUACAUGCAAAACAAAAAACAAACCCUUAUAUACGAAAUGCGAGUCCAAAAUUUUAUAAAAACUUUUGAUAGAAGCAAUCAAAACGCAAUUGAGAAUGUACGGGCCUUUUUCGAAUUUUACACUCUCUGUCAGGAAAUUUCGAAUGUAAAUCAGUUCACAUCACAAUAAGUUUGUGAUUCAUAAGCUAAUAAUUAACUUCAGCGAACUUCCAGCUGUUGUAAAAAUUGAGAAAGGCCUGGUUUUAGGCGUUCCGUUAGCGAAACGCGUUAGGAGAUCAAGAAAUUAGUGGAGGAGAGAGAAUACGUAACGAGCCCAUUUUAGUUUAGUAAGCCCCCCAAUGCCCCCUGCCCCCCACACUCUAAGUCUAAGUGCGAAAUUGUAUUUUGUAAGCCAGAGAGCGAAAGAAGGAGCGAGUGAGUGCAUGAGUGAGUGAGUGAGUGUCGCCGAGUGAGUACAUUUAUCGAGUGUGAGUGCGAGCGGAGUGCCUGUUCAAUGUGAUCGUUUAGCAAAAAUUAACUAUAAACAUUUAGCCCCUAGAGACCUAAGCGGAAAACAAACAUACCUACACCUACAUAUUUAAUUUGUAUUAUAUUUAUGCAUACGCGCAUAUGUAACGAGCAAGUUGCCACACAGCACACGAAUUCAAUUAGCCCCAACAUGAACAGCAAUAACUAAUUUGUAAUUUGUAGUCUAACUGAUAAAUCGAAAAAAACUGAUGAUGUCUAAUUUAACUUAACACGGCCAUAGAAAAGCGUCCGAGCCACGGCUUUUGUAAUUUGUAUCUUUUGUAGACAGCCCUGACUUUUGCCAGCCAUCACGCGCAUUUCAAACUAAGCUGAGUAAACCUACAUAUUUAUAUUUAUUUUUGAUUUUUUAUCAGUUUUUAUAUAUUGUAUUAAAACAAGUGGAAAAAGAAAAAAUACAAAAAGUAACAAAGAAA